UGGAGGGGCUAGCCCAGUACAUCGUUGGAGAGGGAGCUUCUCUCCAUGACCUGGUAAACAGGUUAAACCGGGAGCGAUCCACGGGGGAACCGGGAGAGCAUUGGGCCAAUGAUGUGAGGACACAGGCGGCCAUGACCAAGCUGCGGGAAGCGAUGGGGCUGACGCGACGGCAUGUCUCACCGUCAACCCAAUAAGCGAUUCCGCAGUCCUGAUUCAUUGGCGCUGCGUCGCUGCGCUUGGGCAGCGAGUUUAGGAGGGGCGUUCCGGGGGAUUGUCGCAGAAGCUGAAUCGGCUUUCCCUCUACCCGUGACUCUCCCUCAGAAGAGGAAGGUGCAGCGCGAUGUUGGAGCUGAUGCUCAGGGGGGCUCGCGAGCUCCCCAACUAUUGCAUCAGGAGAGAGCGACAGAGCAGCCUGGGCCUGAUGCUCAAGGGGAAACCCAUCUAUCGCGUCGGGUCCCAGAAGCGCGGCCUCGCGUUUUUGAUGCCCAUCUCCAUUUGGACCGGCUACACAGGGCUUUAGGUUUGCAUCCAAAGGCGAGCCUAAUCGAAGUAGGGAGGGCGGAACUCCUCCAGGAGGGUGUUCAACCCGUGGCUGUGGGGGGUGGGAUUGCGGUAUAUUGCGAUCCUGUCACUUACCCCACUUUCCAGGAGAUAAGCUCUGUCGUGCGCCAACCCCAUUGCGAGGUGGACAUCGGGAUUCAUCCCAAAAAGAAGCUCACGGCAACCCAGUUCGAGCGGCUGCGAUUCCUGACUGGGUCAAGAGAUGUAAAGGUGCUGGGCGAGAUUGGUCUCGAUCACACCCAGCCCCCAUCGGACUGGCCCAGACAGGAUGACCUUCUUAAGCGCGUUCUGGGGGAGUGCUAUAUGCGCUGACGUCACCUGGUCAUAUGUUUGCGCCUCCAGGGCAUGGUGGAGGAUGAGACAGCGGGAGAAUGCUUCCUGCGAGGUCUCGACAUCCUCCGCCUGCUCAAUAUCCCGCGCGAACAGCAGCUUAUGCUGCACAAUUUCGUGUCAACAGCCGGGGUCGUUGAUCGAUAUCUGCGGGUCUUCCCCAAUACCUAUUUUAGUUUCUCUUUGAGCGUGAGUAGGUUUGGGGAGGCCCAACGAGCUGCCUGCAAGCACCUAUUCGAGCACAAUGACCGUCGGAUGUUGAUUUAGUCCGAUGGACCAUAUUUCAAGCUGGCGCGGCAGCGUGUGGGUGCGCCUCAUCUUCUCUGGGCAACUGCAGAGGCAGUGGGCCAGGUCAUCGGCCAAUCUCCUCGGCAAGUCCUAGACUUGACCUGGAAAAACGGCCGGGAUCUGUUUUGAGCUGUUGCUCAAAAAAUUAGAAAACUUUUCGUUAUUAGAAGCCUUUUCAUUUCUUUGAUUAAGAGAAGCUUUAUUUAUUUAUGAGAAGUUUUCCGUCCUCUGUUUCCUAGCCCAGCCCUCCGUCCCCUAAAUCCAUGGGUCGGAUGGGUACCCUUCCGCGAGACAAUGGCUCCCCUUUCAAAUAAGGGGGAAAUGUAGUGACGACCCUCGCAGGGUUGAUGUAGCCCAACCAUUGAGGCACAACGACCUUCGGGUCAGCGCAUUUGCAUAUUACCAAUACACAUGCAACACCCGGCAGACCCAAGGCUCUCGGGAAGAUAGAGCACUUCAAGUCCAGAGCUCGACCAUAUAACAAGUGACAGUGUUAUCACCAUUGUGUAUAGCUACGCGGGAAACUCAUACCGUAAACGGUAAGUACCAAGUAUACAUAGCUAUUUUCACAAUAGAGGGACAAGGAUUAUGGUUUGAGCAAACCUCAUAUAUUUUAACUCUCUCCUUCUAAUUAUUCCACUUUCAUCUCACAUUGGUACAGUAAUUUAAUUCUGUAGUAGACAACCUGCAUAAAUUUUGAUGCUUUAUUUCACCCUAGACGUGCACAAAUUUAAGCUUUGGACCCCUACCCCAAUGUGACCCAAGCUCACAAAAGGUCUGUAAACUUGUCCUCAGGCCAAAAUGAGUUUUUGUUAUAAUGGCAUUGAAAAUAUCAUUUACUUUAAAAUGACAGUUAAA